AUGUCCGUGUCUUGUUCUUGUUUUUCGGUAUUUUAGGGCUUUUGCGAAUGGAGUGGAGACGUGUGGAGCGUUGGAGGGCUGAUUGGAGGCCGGGCGGCAAAAGAUCUCUGCUGCUCGCACGAUUUUUCACACAGAUCUUUUCUCUAGCGGUGUCAGGCGAUCAGGAAUGGCCAGAUCAUGAGAGAGCUAGCAUUCCACUCGCGAUCCAUCGGCCGAUCAGUCGAUGCGUCGAGCGCUGUGUUUUUGAUGCACUCAGCUUGACACGGCCGUGCUUGGAAGUCUGGAAAGUUUUCUUUCACGCUCCACUGAUGCUGCUGCUGCAAUGCGUGCUCUCUCUCUUGGUCGUGUCAAGCUGUGUGCAUCACAACGCAUUGCUCGUUUUCAAGAUCUCCUUUCUUCUCCAAAUCUCUAGGCCUAGACGCUCUCCCGCAAGAACAAGCAUCGGUUUCUUCUACAAGUGACGCUCUUUCUCUCCCUUUCUCUCUCUCGUAGCAACUUUCUUUUCUCUUAAGCGUCUCUGGCUCACAGCAUCUCGAUCUUUCUGUGCUUUUCCUUGUACGCACCUUGACAGGGAUCAUCGAGUUUGAGAACCAUCUAGCAGUGAAAGCUCAAACACAUACCAUCUCUUAACUUCUCCAGGGAGAGAUCAUCCUCCCGAGAGGGAGGUAGCGAGGUAUAGAUAUUUUUUUUCCUUCUUUCUUUUGUCGACAUGGGGAUGUGGAUCCACUUCCAUCUCUUUUUUCUAUUUUUUCUAUCGUUCGCUCUCGACAGCUUGUGACUCAUCCAGGUUCGUACGUCGGGGGUCUUUAAAUUUUAUUAGUUUCUCACGUCCUUUUGCAGCCUCUCGUGGAACACGUAUGCCAACGAUUCAAUUCCCUUCCCCUUUGCGCUUAAACUACGUUAGUGGCUGUGUGGUCUCCACACACUACACAAAUCUCAACUUUCACGCGGCGCCGGAGAUUGUUUAAAGCGAAAAAUCAAAGCUUUCUUUCUUUGACAAUGACGAGGACAAAGCUCGCCUCCUUCGGUUCACUGUACAAGUUUAUCAAAACUUCGCCGAGUUUGCAAGUUUAGAAGCUAAAAAAAAUGCUUUUUUUGUUU